UUAUAGCCCAAAGACUAUAAUAACUAUAAUAGGGCUAUUGAUAAGAAAAAAUAUACUAUAAGAUGGCUUGGGAACCUAUGACUCUGGGAACCUAUGGCAGCUUUCCGGCUACUCUCACCCAUUGACCUAUAAAGAAAGAUCUUUAAUAGGUCUAUGCUCUCACCGGGCUAUUCUAUGUUCUGAUUACUGACAAGUGAUAAGAGUUGAGUCAACUGACAAAUGAUUAGUAUUUAAUAAUUGAAAAUAAGUAAUCAUUUUAAUAUUUAGUCUUUUUUUUUAAAAGCAAUAAGUUUAUUGUUUACGAACUUAAAUUAUGAAUAUACCUUUAUAUACUUGUACAUUGUAUAGGUAGUACAAUAGUCUCUUGUUCUUUUAUCUUUUCAAAUAUUUGUUGUCAACUUAACAAUGUCAAAACGUUACUUUAAAAAUACAUUUUCAAACACUACACCAGCUGUACUAAACACAUCGUUGGAUUAUUGGCGCGAAAGGUUGCAUAGUUUAAUUGAAUAUGUUGGUCAAAAUUCUGCAGAAUGUAAUGACAAUGAUCUCUACACUGGCUCUACUGGAGUUGCGUACAUGUUUUUAAACUUGGCUAAAUCUGAUGGGUUCAAAAACGAUUCUGCAAGGUUCCUCAACAAAGCAAUUGAAAUACUAAACCUAAGAGCUGCUACACAUUCCAGUUCAAAAAGUGCAUGUCAGUUCAUUUGCGGAGAAGCCGGUGUAAAUGCAGUGUCCGCAGCAGUUUAUCAUCAUUUUGGUGAUGAGGUUUUGGCAACUCAAUAUUUAGAAAGUUAUAAAAAAGGAGCAAGUAUAUGUAAACCUAUAGAUUUUUUCAAACCUGGCGGUGAUGAGUUAUUUGUUGGACGUGCUGGUUAUCUCAGUGGAGUUUUAUGGUUAGAAAAAAUAUUUGGGAAACAGAUAUUAGCUAAUGAAGAUGUAAUAGAGUUGUGUUCAGCAAUAGUAGAAUCGGGGCGUAAAUAUUCAAGAAGAACAAGAAGCAUGUUUCCAUUAAUGUAUUCUUAUUACAAUACAGAAUACUUAGGUGCAGCCCAUGGGUUAUGUACAAUUUUACAAAUGUUAAUUUCAUUUCCACAAUUCAUUAAUAACAAUCAGUCGGCAAGACAUGAUAUAAAGAAGAGUAUAGACUUACUAAUAUCUUUACAAUCUGCUAAUGGUAAUUUUGCCUGUGCUGUAGAUGAACUAGGUCCUCGUCAAAGACCUGAAAGGGAUGAACUUGUUCAUUGGUGCCAUGGUGCUCCAGGUGUUGUGUAUCUACUCGCUAAAGCAUAUUUAGUUUUUAAAGAACCAACUUAUUUAGAAUCUUGUCUGAAAUGUGGUGAUUUAGUGUGGGAAAAAGGUUUACUAAAAAAAGGCCCUGGUAUUUGUCAUGGAAUAGCUGGAAAUGGUUAUGUUUUUUUACUACUAUAUCGAUUAACUGGAGAUACAAAACAUUUAAAUAGAGCGUUAAUGUUUGGCGAAUUCAUGUUUACUGAUGAAUGUAAAAAAGGAUCUAGAAUACCAGACAGUUUGUACAGUUUGUAUGAAGGUUUAGCUGGAACAGUAUGUUUUUUAAUUGAUUUGACUCAACCACAAAAAGCUACAUUCCCAUUUCUUGAUGUGUUUUAAAAUUGUCCAUAAUUUAUAUAUUUAUACUCUUGAAAACCUGAAUUACUUUUUUUAUUAAUCUUUAAUGUUAUAUUCUUACUUAAAUUAAUUUUACUUAAACAAAAAUCAAGUGUUAUGGACACUUCAUCUCAAGACCAUGUCUGACAUUUUUGUUGUUGCCUGUUAAUAUUGUAAUACAAUAAAUUAUCUGAGAUAAUUUGUCUACAUUUUAUAAUUGUUUUAUUUUACUCAAAAUUCAAAAUAGAAAAUUUUUAAACUAAAUGUAGAUGUAUAUUCCAUUUGGCAAUAGAAGUAACCAAAAUCAGUCAUAACUCAUUGCACUCCUACCAUCCAAAAUAUGUGAGCAGUAGAUAUCUUGCCUUAUCGAACGAAGUAUUGGUACGAGUAUAGGUAUAUUGUAUACAUAUUACUAGAUUGUACAUUUUAGUUAAAUUUAUUAUAUUUUUACCU